AUGGGAGCCACCGUUAAGCUCAGCGAUGCGAUAAAACGUAAACGGGAUCUGCAGGACGCCGAGUCCGACAUUGAUAUCAGCAGCACAGACUCAGAAAACGACGGUGAAAGCGGUGAAGAACAAGAGAUUGUGAAUAUAGACUUUGAUUUUUUCAACGGCAACAAAGAUGUGGAUUUUCAUGCUUUCAAGAACCUGGUGCGUCAACUGAUGGGUCCCCAGGAGUCCAACAAAGUAUCACUCAGUGCCCUGGCCGAUUUGAUUUUGGAAUCGCCUACCACCACCAUCAAGACUGACGGUCAAGAAUCGGAUCCUUACUGUUUUUUGUCGUUUAUCGACUACAAGUCGCACAAAGAUUCUGACUACGCCAGCUAUCUCAAGAAAGCUGAUCCCAAAAUGGCAGACUUCCUCAAGACGAUCGAUAAUUCUAACAAAACCUGCGCGUUGAUACUGAGCGAAAGACUCAUAAACAUGCCCCCCGAGAUAAUUGCUCCUCUAUUCAAUAUCGGUUUGGAGGAUGCUUCCAGCAGCCUUGGUGAAGGGAAAAACUACGACUAUUACGUGAUUUUGAGUCGAAAAUUUGAAGUCAGCGUGGAAGUGGACGAUGACGAAAAAUCUGGCCAAGGUCGCAAACGUGUAAAGACAUCUGAGAUCGACUACUUUCACGAGGAGGAUCGCUUUUUCGAGCGCAAUGCGAAGAUACAUUUUGAUUCAGAAAGCCGUAAGGGCCUCAUUUCCACUUACGUCGUUAUCGACCAUUCUUCCUUGCUCAAAUCGAUCGAAGAGGUUACAACAUUGGUGGCCACCUGGUAA